AGAGGUGAGAGUAGUGAUCUGAUUGUGUUGAGAUGGAUUUGAAUUCGUUUUUGACAUCGUUAGGAACUUCAUUUGCGAUAUUCUUGGUUUUGGUGUUGCUUUACUCAUGGCUUUCGAGGGUGCCAGUGAACGCCGUCGUUUACUACCCCAAUCGGAUGAAGAAAGGGUCGGAUCAUUAUCCGAAUAAAGAUUAUGGAUCCACCAACUGCUGUACUUGGAAUCCCUUUGGUUGGAUCCGACAAGCUCUUCAUUCUACCGAACAGGACAUCAUCUCCAUGUCUGGGGUCGACACUGCUGUCUACUUCCUCUUCCUCACCACUAUUUUGAAAGUACUGUUUUUAUCUGGCUUAGUUCUGCUACCAGUUCUGUUACCGGUUGCUGAAACCGAUGAUCGAUUGGAGCGAAUAAAAGAUGAGAUAAAGGACGAUCUCCCUCUCGAUCUUCAAAAACUAUCCAUGGGAAAUGUCGAUGAAAAAAGUGCAAGAUUGUGGGCAUUUUUGAUAGGUGUGUACUGCGUCUCAUUUGUUAGUUAUUACCUGCUGUGGAAGGCAUACAAACAUGUUUCUGGUUUGAGAUCCAAGGCAUUGAUGUCAUCAGAAGUGAAGCCUGAACAAUAUGCAGUUCUUGUUAGAGACAUUCCUCCUCCUCAAGUCAAAGGAAAAUCUAGAAAACAACAGGUUGAUGAUUACUUUAAGGCCAUCUAUCCUCACACAUUUUACAAAUCAAUGGUGGCCACUGACAAUAGAGCGGUUAAUGUACUUUGGAAAAAGUUAGAAAAGCAUAGGAAGAAUCUUGCACAAGCUGAAGCAAUAUAUGAGGAGUCGAAAAGAAAAGGCAUUAAGUCAUCAUCACCUGAAGAAGGAGCAAAACCUACUCACAAAAUUGGCUUUCUUGGUCUAUGUGGGAGAAAAGUAGAUAGCAUUGAAUACUACACACAGAAAAUUAAUAACUUAGAACCCAAACUUGAAGAGGAACGAAAAAAAACCCUAAGAGAUAAGCAGUUAAAUGCUGCACUUGUUUUUUUCACAAGUAGAGUGGCUGCAGCUUCUGCGGCUCAAACUCUCCAUUCCCAACUGGUCGACCAAUGGACAGUGACCGAAGCUCCACAGCCAUGUCAACUACUAUGGCCCAAUCUUAGAAUGAAGUUCUUUGAGAGGCAUCUAAGGAAAUAUGUUGUCUACUUCAUUGUGGCUCUCACCAUUUUCUUCUACAUGAUUCCAAUAACGUUUAUAUCAGCAUUCACCACCUUGACGAACUUGAAGAAAUUUCUCAUAUUUUUGAACCCACUAUUGAAACUGAGCAUAGUAAGGACAGUGUUGGAAGCAUACUUACCACAGAUUGUGCUCAUUACCUUCUUAUCUGUUUUGCCUAUGUUGCUUUUGUUUCUGUCCAAGGCCGAGGGUAUUUCUUCUUUGAGCCAUGCACAGAGAGCUGCUGCAGGAAAGUUCUUCUACUUCACAGUGUUGAAUGUGUUCCUUGGUGUUACGCUUGGAGGAACUUUGUUCAGUACAUUCAAGGAAAUUCAGAAGAAUCCAAACUCCAUUGUUGAACUACUAGCUAGUAGUAUUCCGCAGAAUGCAGCCUUCUUUAUCUCCUACGUCGCUCUAAAGUUUUUCGUGGGGUAUGGGGUUGAACUUUCUCGAAUUGUUGCUCUGACUGCUUUCCAUAUAAAGAGAAAAUUAAUUUUCAAGACAGAAGCUGAGGAGAAAGAAGCUUGGCCUACAGGAGAUCUUGGAUAUCAUACUAAGGUUCCUGAAGACAUGCUUGUGGUGACUAUUGUUCUAUGCUAUUCUGUCAUUUCUCCAAUAAUUAUUGCAUUCGGGGUCGCACAUGUUGGCAUUGGAUGGCUUGUUGUACGAAAUCAGGCUCUGAAUGUAUAUGUGACACAAUAUGAAAGCUACGGACAGUUGUGGCCACACAUGGUAUUUCGCAUCCUAGCUGCAAUGAUAUUAUACCAAGUGACCAUGUUUGGUUACUUUGGAGUGAAGGAAUUUUACUAUACACCACUCCUACUCCCACUCCCAAUCCUUACCUUUCUCUUUGGCUUCAUUUGCCAGAAGAGGUUCCACCGUUCAUUCCACCACAUUGCUCUCGAAAUUACAGCCUCUGAACAAGUUGCUGACUUGGAACAAGUUUACAAAUCAUUCAUACCUCCAACCUUGAACUCUGACAAGAUUAAUAAUAAUCCUGAUCAUAUGUCAGUUUGAAGAUAUAUAUGCUUUUAAUUAUUUUCUACCUAGCUUGGACAGUGAUCUCAUUUGUUAAUUUGAUGUUUAUAUACUUGUGUAUCAAACAUGAUUUAAUUUUUUGAUUAUUUUUUCCCUGUGUUACAUGUUGAUCGAUUGCUGUGGUGAGGUUUGAUUUCUUAGAAAUAGAGAUUAUGAUCUGUUGAUUUUA